AAAAAAUACUACAUUCAUGACUAGCUGAUAGUAUAUUAGAUUUUAUUUGUACUUGGGAUCCUACUCACUGUGAAUAUUGUUUCUGGAUGAGAUAUAUCAGAGAACUGUACUAGAAUACAAUCUAAGGAUAUAUGAUAUAAUUAGUUGAGGAUAAAAGCUAAGAAAGUUUUUAUAAUAUAUUAAUAAUGGAUGUCUCUACAUAUGUAAGAGGUUUUCAUGACAUUGACGCUGUCUCAAAGAUGAAAUAUAAAACAUUAGGCAACACUGGUUUACAAAUAUCACAACUUGGCUAUGGUGGAGCUGGUUUGGCCAGUGUAUAUAAAACAACUAAAGAUGGUGAAAGUAUCGCAGUUUUAACACAAGCUAUCAAGAAAGGCAUUAACUACAUAGAUACAGCACCAUGGUAUGGUAAUGGCAAAUCAGAAACAGUAUUAGGACAGGCAUUUAAGAAUAUACCCCGUGAGUCAUUCUAUGUAGCAACUAAAGUAGGAAGAUAUGAACCUGAUGUAGAGAAAAUGUUUGAUUUUAGUCGUGAAAGAACUAUGAGAAGUAUAGAUGAAAGUCUACAGAGAAUGGGAAUAGGUUAUGUUGAUAUAAUACAGGUACAUGAUAUGGAGUUUGCUCCAGAUUUAGAUAUCAUUCUCAAUGAAACUUUGCCAGCUUUACAAGAAAUUAAGGAUAGUGGUAAAGCUAGAUUUAUUGGAAUAACUGGAUACCCUCUUGAAAACUUCAGGACAAUUAUAGAGAAAAGUAAAGUUAAAAUAGAUACAGUUUUAAGUUAUUGUCGUGGCUGUAUGUUUGAUAGUUCAAUACAAGAUUAUAUUCCUUAUUUCAAGGAGAAAGGACUUGGUAUAUUAAAUGCAUCACCAAUAGGUAUGGGUUUAUUAUGUGAAUCGGGUCCACCAAAAUGGCAUCCAGCAAAAAAUCAAAUUAAAGAUAAUUGUCAAAAGGCUGCAAAAUAUUGUAAGGACAAUAACAUACAAAUAGCUAAUUUGGCAUUAAAACAUAGUCUUGAACUUCCAGGAGUCACAUGCACAAUAACUUCUUCUGAAAGUUCUGAUAUAGUUGAUAAAAAUCUCAAACUUCUAUCAACAAAUUUAACUGAUAAAGAAAGAAAUGUAUAUAAUGAUGUGAUGAAAAGAUUUAUGGAACCUUUACAUAAGAUGAAUUGGGAAGGCAUUGAAGUUAAUCAAUACAGAGAAAAGUUAGCUAAAUUACAAGACAGAUAACUCUAAGAAGCAUAUGGACUGUUAUAUUUUAAGCUCAAGUCAACUGUACUUUAUUGAAAUAAUAAAUUAUCUUAUAAAGAUAAUUACUAAUAUUAAUUUACUAAAAUUUAUAAACAAUCCUUAAGGUUUACAGGGACGGUAUCUGACAUAUUUUUGGGAAUAAAAUGGGUUAAUACUGGGUGAAAAUCUCUUAGAAACAUUUAUCCUAGUCCUCUGCAACUAUCUGAAAUUAUGUGAUACCUUUUCCAUUUAAGGUUGGCCAUAAGUCCCCAUUCCCCAAGCUAUAUAAGGAUAAUCAUGGCUGUAUUUUGCCGAAGUUAUAGUGGUAAAUAAUCAUCACGAUUGAACAAUGAACUAACUGUUUGCUAAUUGUAAAUGUAGGUAGAUCGGUAAUGUGCAUGAGACAAAGUUGAUUUUUAAUACUCGAAUGGAGUUAAUAACACUGAGGAUAUUAUAAUACCUAGUGUAGUGUGUUAAGCUCCCAGCACAGUGACACAAACAAAAAAAAUAAGACUCAUUAUUGUUUACUACUUUUGUUAUUUUUAUAUUUUUUGUGGUUAUAUUUUAACUCUUCAAGAUAGUGCAAUGUAGCUCUCUGUAUUUUUGACCCAAGGACACACUUGUUUAAUGACUGUAAAGGAGCAAUUGUAAAUACUCUAAAAAGUCUGAUUAUUAUUAUUUUACUGAAUGUCAAUUUUUACCCUGUUUAUUAACUUUAACAGAUUAUAUUUUUAUUUUCAAUGUA